GUUAGGACGGUCGAGUUUUGUCUUUGGCAUUUGGAACUCAGAAAAUUGGAACGUCAACGGCUUUUCAUUGGUCGCCGUCAGCUGGUAGUCCAUUCAGCGGUGGGCUUCUGGAGUAGGACAGGAGAGAAUAUAAUUAAGUCCGGAUCUUUACAAUGGGGAGAAGUUAUUACGUAGAAGAUGCGGUUGAGAAGUAUUUCACUCAACUAAUUCAGUUGCAGAAGCCGUAUGUUACUGGACUCAUAAUAGGCCAGUGCUCUUUACAAAGAGAUUAUGUUAUUUUGGCGGCUCAGACACCCCAGAAAGAUAAUGGGGAAGAAUCUGAAAAGAAGGCUGGCUUGACAAAGUUAGAUGAAAUUGACGAUGAAUGGGUUUCUAUGCAUGCUAGCCAGGUAAGCCGCAUGCUUCCUGGUGGUUUGCUGGUGAUUGGCGUGUUUCUUAUAACGUCGCCAGAUCUCUCCAAGGAGUCUCAAAAUGCAUUAAGAAAGCUAAUUUUUUCUGUCGAAAAGUCAUCGGUGAAAAACAGACUGUGGCGUUCUGAUGACAGUGACGUCUCUGAGCGGGUGGCUGUUCACAUUUGUUCUGCAACCAGAAAAAUCGUAUGUCGCACCUUUGAUGUUAAAGAUCAUAAGAGUGCAGCUAAACCAGCAGACUGGAAGUAUCAAAGCAGUCCUUUAUCUUGGCUCACCAUAGAAUGUAAUAUGUGUGUAGAUGUCACCAUUCCACUCUCCCCUUCAUCGUCAUCUUACCAAGAGCGACACAAAUCUAUAAGGACUGCAGUAACAAAUUGGGCAAAGGAGCUGGAUGAUGUUGUUAUCCUUUUCAAUGGCCGUGUUAAAGACAAAGAUGGUGAUCUGAUUGAAGAGCAAAAAAAAUCUUCACGAUCCAGUUCUCAAACCAUUAAAGCGAGCAUUCUUGCACCGUCAUUAGCAAGCAGAGAAACUAGGUCGACAGCUCUCAUACAAGUUUGCAAGUCUUCUCUAACCAUACAAGGUAUCGUCAAAUGCAGAGCUUAUAUCCAGAGCAACAAACCAAAAGUUAAUGAGGCUUUGCAGGCUUUGAAAAGAGACAUCCUUAACACGAUGUCAGACCGUUGCGAAAUACUAUUUGAAGACAUCAUCCUCAAUGGACCACAGAAUGAAUCGGAAAAGACGACCUGUCAACUUCCGCAGAGAGUGUUUGUCCCCAUUCAUGGUUCCAACUUAAUGCUGUGCGACUAUGUGUUUGGAGAUGAAGCAGCGGAAGAUUUGCAGAGUCGCUUUCUUGAGAUGUUGGACCAGAAUGUACAAUAUGAGAGUAUAGACUUUGCAGAAGAAAAGAGCAGCAGGACCAAACCUGAUGAAGAACAAGAAGUAGAUGUCUCAUGUCAUAGUGACACAAAAGAUCAACCAAAGGCUCUUACAAAUAGUUUAAAAUCCUCAAAACUUCAACAGAACAUAGGUGUCGUAAUGGCAGCAACCAUUGCCCUUGUAGCCAUUCUAUUAUCAUUUCAGUAUCUGCUUGAGUAGCUGGGGCGAAAGGGACACACUGGUUUCUCAGGCUAUUCUGUGCUGGUGCAAAUGACCUUGCUGUCUGAUCAAGGUGAUUAUGGAACACACGCUGGCGAUGGGAAGGUUUGACUUACAAACGGUUCUGUUCUGUCUAAAACUUAAAAGUAGCUAGAGUACACUCUUGCAUAUUUCGUGUUUCUAAUAUUUCAUGUUUAAUAAACAGUAAUUGCUGCACCCAGUCAUGUGUAUGCAGUCUGAGCAAUAAUGUUUUGCUGGAAUACACAUCACUGGCUUCUGCUGCUCCCGCUGAUUUUAAUGUCAGUGAAAGUGCUACUGUGCAUGUGUGUGAAUUAUGCUUCCUGCAUAUACUUCCUGGUUUCAAUAGAGGUUGCCAGGCAACAAGAGAAUAACAAAA